CGGAAGGCAGCGUCACAACACAAGACUUCCGUGUGAAUUUGACGAUUUUUAAUGAGCAAGUAAAUCAAAGUUUUAUUUCACGGAGUUAAGAAAUAUCGGCUAUUGUGGUGGAUUUUUUUUCCAACGGCACGCGUGUUUUUAUUCACAAAUGUACACUAGACUGAAAAUCUUGUCCUGAGUAUACUACGUCACCGGCCGUUAAUGCUAACCGGAGCGCGCCGCUCGGCACGAGCUGAAGCGAGGCGGAAGUGACGUUUGUUAUUCGCCCUUGUGUUUCCGAGACGUUCAGGGUCUGGACGUCUCCUCCGGCAGUCGCGUCUGCAUGUCGCCGCCGAUGUUAGGUCGUCCGCCACCGCCCCCCGAAUGAAGAUUAAGCGGUAUGCCAAAGGAAAAAUAUGAUCCUCCAGAUCCUCGCCGAUGUUACACCAUCAUGUCAGCCGAGGAGGCGGCCAGCGGGAAGAAGUCUCAGUGGGCGGAGCUGGAGAUAUCCGGGCGAGUGCGGAGUCUGAGCAGCUCGCUGUGGACGCUGACACACCUGACGGCGUUGCACAUCAACGACAACAACCUGACCCGCAUCCCGCCCGACAUCGCCAGACUGCCCAACCUGGUCUUCUUGAACCUGUCGUCCAAUAAGCUCCGCAGCCUGCCCGCUGAGCUGGGCAACAUGGUCUCUCUCAGGGAGCUGCUUUUAAAUAACAACCUUCUACGAGCGCUGCCUUACGAACUCGGGAAGCUUUUCCAGUUGCAAACGCUCGGGCUGAAAGGAAACCCGUUAUCCCAAGACAUCCUCAACUUGUACCAGGAAGCGGACGGAACACGAAAGCUUUUAAACUACAUGCUGGAUAAUUUAGCAGUGCACCCAGAGCAGCUCCCACAAAGACCGUGGAUCAGCCUGCAGGAACGAGACCAAGCGCUCCCCACAGCCGCCUUCACCGUCAUGUGCUACAACGUGCUCUGCGACAAGUACGCCACGCGGCAGCUCUACGGCUACUGUCCGUCCUGGGCGCUCACAUGGGAGUACCGCAAGAAAGGCAUUUUGGAGGAGAUCAGCAACGGCGACGCCGACAUCAUUAGCCUGCAGGAAGUGGAGACGCAGCAGUACUACUCCCUGUUCCUGGAGACGCUGAAGGAGCGCGGCUACGACGGCUACUUCUGCCCCAAGUCCCGAGCCAAACUGGUGUCGGAGCAGGAGAGGAAGCACGUGGACGGCUGCGCCGUCUUCUUCAAGACGGAAAAAUUCAGUCUGGUGCAGAAACACACGGUGGAGUUCAACCAGGUGGCCAUGGCCAACUCGGAAGGGUCGGAGGUCAUGUUGAACCGAGUGAUGACCAAAGACAACAUCGGCGUGGCCGUGCUGCUGGAGGUCAACAAGGACUUGUUCUCUGGAGGCGUGAAGACGGCGCCCGAGAGGCAGCUGCUCCUGGUGGCCAACGCCCACAUGCACUGGGACCCCGAGUACUCGGACGUCAAGUUGAUCCAGACCAUGAUGUUCCUGUCCGAGCUGAAGAGCAUCGCCGAGAGUGCGUCGGGCUCAUCGGCGGCGGGCGCCGGCUCCCCGUCCUCCGACUCUUCCUCCAUCCCCAUCGUCCUUUGCGCCGACCUCAACUCGCUUCCCGAUUCCGGCGUAGUGGAGUACCUGAGCGACGGCGGCGUGGCGGACAACCACAAGGACUUCAAGGAGCUGCGCUACAACGAAUGUCUCAGCAACUUCAGCUGCAACGGGAAAAACGGGAACGCCGCCGACGGGAGCAUCACGCACAGCUUCCAGCUGAAGAGCGCCUACGACGGGAACCUCAUGCCGUACACCAACUACACCUACGACUUCAAGGGCGUCAUCGACUACAUCUUCUUCUCGAGGACCCGCAUGAGCGUCCUGGGCUUGCUGGGCCCGCUGGACCACCAGUGGCUGGUGGACAACAACAUCACCGGCUGCCCCCACCCCCACAUCCCCUCGGACCACUUCUCCCUCCUGGCCCAGCUGGAGCUCCGCCCGCCCCCGACGACGCCCGUCACAAUCAAUGGCCUCCACCCGCCCGUCCACAGGUAGUACCCCCACAAUAAGCCCCAUUCCCUCCCUUUUGUUUUUUUUUUUUUUUUUAAACCGCCUCCCUACAAUUUAUAAGAAACCACGCCCUCUUUCACAAGCCACGCCCCUCCAUCCAUCCAUCCAUCCUCUGAAGGCGUGACUUGCACACUAUUUUCUAAUUUAAAAAAAAAGCACUAACGCCCUCCUGUGGCGUGUGAUUGUUACUGCACUGCCAAUCACAUGAUGCAUUCAAAGACAGGGCACCGGGCUGGGUUUUUUCAGCGCCAAAUCCGUACACUCACGUAAAGAAGGAAAACACGAAAAAAGGUGACGGGGGUGAAAGAUAGGCGGGGCCGCCACGUUUGUGUGAUUUUGGCGACAAUGAGGUUUUCACACCGGCAACCUUUUACAGCAGAUCUUUUUACUAAACGUUAAAAAAAAAAAAGCAAAUAAACUAUGUGAUACACAGCCAUGACGCAUGUUUUCUUCACAUUUUUAUUAAAACGCUACCGACAAUAUUCAACUAUUUUGGACUAUUUUGGAAUCUUCGCCAUCCUUUUGGAAGUUGAUGAUGAAAUGUUGGGAUUAUUUGGAAGAAUGACCUCAACGUGAACAAAUACUUUACCUCAUUUUCAAAUGAUUAAAAAAAUAUUUAUA